GGAGCAUUUUAUACUGAUACACAUCCAUGCCGUUUGUUGAUGUGACCUUCUCCAUUCUGAAGUGUAUUGCUACUGUCUUGUUAUGCUUAUGAAUAUAUUUACUACGUAGCCGUUUCCAGUGUUGCAAAUUGUAUGGCCAUGGCUUUAAACAUGCUUGGCCAGCCUUGCAAAAGUAUAUUUAGGUGUCUUCAGACCGUUUUCACUCACAGGUGCUUGCAAGCCACAUCCUCAUUUCACACCACAGUCUUUCAGUCAGACUCCAACAGAACCUGUGUGGUCCGCUUUGGGAGGCAGAAGUAUGAGAGGAUGUAUCCUAUUCUGUUGGUGAGACCUGAUGGAUCCACCAUCAACAUCAGAUACAAAGAGCCCAGAAGAAUAAUGAAGAUGCCUGUGGACAUCACCACCAUGUCUGAGGAGGAGAGGAAAAUCAGGAUGCGGAAAAAGCUACCGAAGAGGGCAGCGAAACAGAAAAUGGAUGAUUUUGAGGAUGAUUUCAAAGUUGAUGAUUACAGCAAAUUCUGGGAAAAAAAAUAAAUGGACUGAUGCACUUAAAUGCUUAAUUGAGAGUAUUUAUGUUGUCUCACAUGUAAAAUAUUGUGAUUUUGUUUUAUAUGUUACCCAGCAAUUAAAAAGCCUUGAAAUGUU